AUGCUCAACGCUAAGAAGGUCCAGACUUUUGGUCGCAAGCGCACUUCCAUUGCGGUUGUGUCUUGUGUUGAGGGCACGGGCGUGAUCCGUGUGAACGGCAAACCCCUGGAGCACAUCCAGCCGGCGGAGUUGCGUGUGAAGGCCUUCGAGCCGCUGCUGUUGCUGGGUGCGGAGCGUUUCAGCAAGUUGGCAAUCCGCGUGCGUGUGCACGGUGGUGGCAGCGUCGCCCAGAUAUACGCCGUGCGCCAGGCCCUUGCUAAGGCCGUGGUCGCUUGGUGCCAGAAGUACGUUGACGAGACCACCAAGAGCGAAGUCCGUGAAACCCUCCUCCGCUUCGACCGCUCCCUCCUCGUCGCCGACCCGAGACGCUGCGAGUCUAAGAAAUUCGGAGGUCGCGGCGCCCGCGCCCGCAGACAAAAGUCUUACCGUUAA